GACAAACGGACGAAUCAGGUAAUUGCGAAUUCUCGCGUCGUGAAUUAUAUUACGUGUCGCUACAAAGGUGACUGUUCACUUUGAGGGCCUUUGAACUAGCCGCUGAGCUGGGAGACGAGCACGAGGCCUCUGGAAGAAUCAAACGUCGUAGGGAAGAGAACAGAAACAAUUCCUCGGACAGAGCAAAGAGCGACAGCUUGGCCGCACGGCAACAGUGUCUGGCGGUUGCGAGAGAAGUGAACCGGCGAAAGCACGCCUGUAGAAGUGUAAUUGUUCAAACAAGCCCGGAGGGAGAUCAAAGGACCGCUACCCUUUGAACAGCAGGAGCUCGGAUCUCGGAGCGCUAUCAUGUCAGCUGGGUCGGGCACAGCAGCGGGCGGUGGAUCUGCGGCGGGCAGCGGGGGGAUGGGAAACGCAGACCCGGAGAGCCACUACGGACACGACGGGGUGAAGGUGUACUGUCAUGAGGGAGAGGGAGAGGGAAAUGAACAUCUCGACUCCAUGGAUCUCCUCGACGUCAAAAGCGAGCUGGAGAGAGAUGCUGAGAAAUCCGAGACACCUCCCAAUGCAUCCACCGCCACCGCAAGUUCCUCCAGCAGUGCCACUACAAGUGUCAGUUCAGCAGUUCACCAGAUCAGAUCUGUCCUCUCUCCAUCCAUGGUCUACAACGGAGUAGCUGGACCGUUUGUGAUGCCUCCGUUUGCGACUGCAGCCGGGACUCCUCUCUACAAUGUUGCCGGUCUCAGACCUGUCAAGAUGGAGGGGGCCGACUGGGCCAAGGUAACGGCCGGUGGGAUGACAACCAUCCCAGCAUACAGCUAUCCCGGGUUGGUGUCCGGUUUACCGAUGGACCAGACCGGUCUGAGGUCCACAUAUCCCUUCAUGAUCCCGGGCCAGUAUGUACAGGUCCCAUAUCAACAUCAGCUACAGACACUGACCAGUCACGCAGCUCCCAAUGCCUCAGUCCAGCCAACCUCUGGAGUCAUCACUCCUCAUCAGGUGAAGGAAAAGAAGCCUCACAUCAAAAAGCCACUAAACGCCUUCAUGUUGUUCAUGAAGGAGAAGAGGGCAGAGGUCAUCAAGCAGUGUACUCUCAAAGAAUCAGCAGCAAUUAACCAGAUUCUUGGCAAGAUGUGGCACAAGUUGGACCGCAGUGAGCAGGCCAAGUACUACGAGCUGGCGAGGGAGGAGAGGGCGCGGCACAUGCAGAUGUACCCGGGCUGGAGUGCCAGAGACAACUAUGCCGUCCACAAGAAGAGGAAGAGGAAACCAAAGAAACAGAGCCAGCCCGAGGAGACUGCUGUCAUGGCAGAGGAGAAAGACUCCAGUGGAGUUGCUCCACUCUCCCCUGACCCCAACUCUCGCAAGUGUAGGGCACGUUUUGGACUGGACCAGCAGCACAUGUGGUGUGGCCCCUGCAGUGGUAUUCUUGUGUCUGGUCUCAGGCGUAAGAAGAAGUGUAUCCGUUGCUCUGAAGGAGAUGGAGAGUCGGCCCCAAAACCAGACGACACGCCCCUCGAGGAUGAUGUAAUGUCAGGCAACUAUGAACAUGCGAACACUAGCGGCAGUAAGAGUGAAGGACCAGGAGAGAAAUUACCAGUAGCCAACACUACAUUCGGUGCAUUAGUUAACAUUGAGACUACAAAAGAUGCUUCAACCAGCGGCCAAUCAACUUCCUCAGCUAUACCUCCCGUUACUCUUGGCAACCCAACUGCUACCACAUGAUUGUCACAUGACCUUCCAAUCAGCUCCACCCCUUUCAUUCCCUCCAUGUUUAUUGUCUCCACUGCCUUAUUUUCUAUACAGUUCUAUGCAACAUUACUCGUGGUGCCUAUUAUAAAACUAACUGAUUCUACUUGUUAUUGCUCUGUGAAACAUGAAUCAUCAAUGAUGUUAUU